GGCUCCAGCUGGGCCCGAAGUGUUGCACUCACCACCAGCAGGCUCAGGCACUCGGGUCCGGCCUGCCACCUCGCCAUGGCCACGAAGGCAGACGGUAGGCCCGGGGGGCUCCCCAGCGGUGGCUGUGACCUGGGCAUAGCCCAAGAGCACAUGCAAGCGGUCACCCGAAACUACAUCACCCACCCCCGUGUCACCUACAGGACAGUGUGCAGCGUCAAUGGGCCCUUGGUGGUGCUGGACCAGGUCAAGUUUGCCCAGUACGCUGAGAUUGUCAACUUCACCCUCCCUGAUGGGACUCAGAGAAGCGGGCAGGUGCUUGAGGUGUCAGGGACCAAGGCAAUUGUUCAGGUGUUUGAAGGAACCUCUGGGAUCGAUGCCCAGAAGACCACCUGUGAAUUCACAGGGGACAUCCUACGGACUCCAGUGUCAGAGGACAUGCUAGGUCGGGUUUUCAAUGGCUCCGGUAAGCCCAUUGACAAGGGGCCAGUGGUCAUGGCAGAGGACUUCCUGGACAUCAAUGGCCAGCCCAUCAACCCCCAUGACCGCAUCUACCCUGAGGAGAUGAUUCAGACGGGCAUCUCUCCCAUCGAUGUCAUGAAUAGCAUUGCCCGUGGUCAGAAGAUCCCUAUCUUCUCAGCAGCCGGGCUCCCCCACAAUGAGAUUGCCGCCCAGAUCUGCCGCCAGGCUGGGCUGGUGAAGAAGUCCAAGGCUGUGCUGGAUUAUCACGAUGACAACUUUGCCAUUGUCUUUGCAGCCAUGGGGGUGAACAUGGAGACAGCCAGGUUCUUCAAGUCCGACUUCGAGCAGAAUGGUACCAUGGGGAACGUCUGCCUCUUCCUGAACUUGGCCAACGACCCCACGAUCGAGCGGAUCAUCACCCCACGCCUGGCACUGACCACUGCUGAAUUUCUCGCCUACCAGUGUGAGAAGCACGUGCUGGUCAUACUGACUGACAUGAGUUCCUACGCAGAGGCCUUGCGGGAGGUCUCCGCUGCCAGAGAGGAGGUGCCCGGGCGCCGAGGUUUCCCAGGAUACAUGUACACAGACCUGGCCACCAUCUAUGAGCGGGCAGGCCGUGUGGAGGGCCGGGGAGGAUCCAUCACUCAGAUCCCCAUCCUCACCAUGCCCAAUGAUGAUAUCACCCACCCAAUCCCAGACCUGACGGGCUUCAUCACAGAGGGACAGAUCUACGUGGAUAGACAGCUUCAUAACAGACAGAUCUAUCCCCCCAUCAAUGUGCUCCCUUCCCUGUCGAGGCUAAUGAAGUCCGCCAUUGGGGAGGGCAUGACGAGAAAGGACCAUGGAGAUGUCUCCAACCAACUGUAUGCUUGCUAUGCCAUCGGGAAGGAUGUGCAGGCCAUGAAGGCGGUGGUGGGGGAGGAGGCGCUCACUUCCGAGGACCUGCUCUACCUGGAAUUCCUGCAGAAGUUCGAGAAGAACUUCAUCAACCAGGGUCCCUACGAGAACCGCUCCGUGUUUGAGUCCUUGGACCUGGGCUGGAAGCUGUUGCGCAUCUUCCCCAAGGAGAUGCUGAAGCGCAUCCCGCAGAGCGUGUUGGAUGAGUUCUACUCCCGCGAGGGGGCGCCGCAGGACCCCGCGUCAGACACAGCGCUCUAGCCCUGCCCACAGUCAGACCCCAGACUGUGUCCUGGGACCCCUGCUACACCCGUUCUACGCACGCCUCGAGUUCCACACACCCAACCAACCGCUUGAGUGCUCACGGUCUGCACCCCGCCCACUCCCACGCUUCAUCCCUCUGCCUGGAGUCCCUGCACUGGGCAAGAACAAAAGGUUGUUAAGCCUGUAUCAAGC